GGACGAACCCCUUCUGUGUACAUAGGAAACCGAGCUGGACUCAGUGUAUCACUUCUUUUUAAAACAAAAACCGUCAUGAUGCACACGGAUUGAAUGAAACAGUCUACAGAAAGACAGGCUACGCUGUCGAGAUGGAUGUCACGUCAUCUGAUAUUCAGAUGAUGAAUAUGAUCAACUGUGUUGUCCGUAUCCAUCGCCUGGAUCUUCCACUGGACGUGGUAGUGAAGGUACCCCUGUGGGAUGAGAACAUCUGGGAAGAGCCUGCUUCAUCCAGGAAGCAGAGGAGAAGCCUGCGGUACAGUGGAUUACAUGAGCCAGUCCAGGAGGCUGAAAAGAUGGAUGUCACGUCAUCUGAUAUUCAGAUGAUGAAUAUGAUCAACUGUGUUGUCCGUAUCCAACGCCUGGAUCUUCCACUGGACGCGGUAGUGAAUGUACCCCUGUGGGAUGAGAACAUCUGGGAAGAGCCUGCUUCAUCCAGGAAGCAGAGGAGAAGCCUGCGGUACAGUGGAUUACAUGAGCCAGUCCAGGAGGCUGAAAAGGAGAACCUUGGUGAAGCUCUAGAUUGGAUGACCCCAAUUCCCUCAUCUAGUGGAUCUCCCGUAAAUUUGGUCGACGGGACGGAAGCGGUCACUCAGGAGGUGCUGACUGGGCCCAAAAAACAGCGGAGACGUCGGAAUGUUUUAAAGCGAGAAACGGAAAAGUCUGUAACAAGGCGCGACGGAGGAAGCAGGAGCUGCGUCGUAAGUGGCUCCACGGCUCGGGUGGUCCACCUGCCACGCCACCUGAGACGCAUGCACCAGUGGAGCCCCCAGAAAGCCCUCGAUGCUACGGAAAAGCCGGUCGCAGCAGCGCGUGGCAGAAGAACCAAGACCUGCAUUGUGGAUGGCUGCACAGCUGUUGGGGUUCACCUGACACGACACCUCAGACAGGUGCACCAUCUGGGCCCUUCUGAGAUCCGAAGAGCUAUUUUUGGCAGCAAAAAGCCACGGCCUCUAACCAGUCGGCGGGGCAAGAAACGGUGUCCCCUGGAGGGAUGUUGCUGUGUAAGACGGAAUAUUUACCAGCACAUGAGAAAAUUCCACGGGCUGGAAAAAGGGCGGAGAGGAUGGAGCACACUGUUAAAGUGGAAUGUUUCAGGCAAUGAAAGUGGUGAACUGUACCCUACCACCUCCUCAACAUGGAGAAGCGUGGAGGAGGGGUCAAAGCAAGAGGAGCCACCUGAACAAGAGAUGGAAGCAUCCAAUAACCAAAGGCAUCUAUGUGGCAACAUUACCGGUAGACAUCAUGGAGAAAUAAAGCCUUGUGGCAGAGGGACUAAGAGCUGCAUUGUAAGCGGUUGUACAGCUGUUGUGAUUCACCUGCCUCGACACCUGAGACAGGUGCACGAGUGGAGCCCUCAAGAGGCCCGAGAUGCUGUCCAGUCCCUCAGGAAGUCGUUGUCACCAACAAGCCGGUCAAUGAAGAUGUGUCCAGUGGAGGGAUGUGGUCGCAUGACACAGAGGAUUCCCCAACAUAUGAGAAAAUAUCACAAACUGCAAAUAGGCCCUCUAGCAGGAUGUAACAUCAAAAAAGCACAAGUUGAAUUACAGGGCCAAGACGGAUCAAUUCAUGGGCCAGAAGUAGUCGAAAGUAGUAUAAUAAGCUCAUCAGAGCUUUUAGACGAUGGAAGUGUUGAACUGCUCCUUUCAUACCCAACCACCAUCUCAACAUGUGAAGAGGAGGGACUGCAAGGAGAGGAGCCACCUCAAGAAGAGACUGAACUACCCGAUGACCAGAGCAGUCCAUGCUGCAGUAUUACUGACAAGGCAACUGAGAAUGGAGAACUAAAGCCUCGAAGCAGAGGGACUAGGAGCUGCAUUGUAAGCGGCUGUACAGCUGUUGUGAUUCACCUGCCACGACACCUGAGACAGGUGCACGAGUGGAGCCCUCAAGAGGCCCGAGAUGCUGUCCACUCCGCUGCGAAGCCGUUGUCACCAACAAGCCGCCCAUUGCAGACGUGUCCAGUGGAGGGAUGUAAUCGCAAGACACAGAGGAUUCCUCAACAUCUGAGACAAUACCACAAACUGCACAUAGAUUCUCUAGAGCGACAUAACAUCAAAAAAGCAGAAGUUGAAUUAGAGGGCCAAGACGGAUCAAUUCAUGGGCCAGAAGUAGUUGAAAGUAGUAUUGUAAGCUCAUCAGAGCUUUUAGACGAUGGAAGUGUUGAACUGCUCCUUUCAUACCCAACCACCAUCUCAGCAUGUGAAGAGGAGGGACUGCAAGGAGAAGAGACACCUCAAGAAGAGACUGAACUACCCGAUGACCAGAGCAGUCCAUGCUGCAGUAUUACUGACAAGGCAACUGAGAAUGGAGAAAUAAAGCCUUGUGGUGGCAGAGGGACUAAGAGCUGCAUUGUAAGCGGCUGUACAGCUGUUGUGAUUCACCUGCCACGACACCUGAGACAGGUGCACGAGUGGAGCCCUCAAGAGGCCCGAGAUGCUGUCCAGUCCCUCAGGAAGCCGUGGUCACCAACAAGCCGCCCAUUGAAGACGUGUCCAGUGGAGGGAUGCGGUCGCGUGACACAGAGGAUUCCCCAACAUUUGAGACAAUAUCACAAACUGCACAUAGGCUCUCUAAAGCGACAUGACAUCCAAAAAGCAGAAGUUGAAUUACAGGGCCAAGACGGAUCAAUUCAUGGGCCAGAAGUAAUCGAAAGUAGUAUAAUAAGCUCAUCAGAGCUUUUAGACGAUGGAAGUGUUGAACUGCUCCUUUCAUACCCAACCACCAUCUCAACAUGUGAAGAGGAGGGACUACAAGGAGAAGAGACACCUCAAGAAGAGACUGAACUACCCGAUGACCAGAGCAGUCCAUGCUGCAGUAUUACUGACAAGGCAACUGAGAAUGGAGAAAUAAAACCUUGUGGUGGCAGAGGGACUAAGAGCUGCAUUGUAAGCGGCUGUACAGCUGUUGUGAUUCACCUGCCUCGACACCUGAGACAGGUGCACCAGUGGAGCCAUCAAGAGGCCCGAGAUGCUGUCCAGUCCCUCAGGAAGCCGUGGUCAUCACCAACAAGUCGGCCAUUGAAGACGUGUCCAGUGGAGGGAUGUGGUCGCUUGACACAGAGGGUUUCCCAACAUAUGAGACAAUACCACAAACUGCACGAUUCACAGGAUAUGAGCAACAUGCAAGUUGCAGAUGAUGAUGCUUGUUGACUUGUCAAAUAUUUGGACUGAAGCAAGUGGAGCUGUCAGGCACAGUGAGGACAUGCAACCCCAUUUCCAGUGUUAGCAAAUCGCCAAAGAAGUAAUCUGUCAGAGUGACUUCUCUGUGACACUCUCAACCAGUGGUGUAGUCUACGUGAUACGCAGGACUACCCAAUAUACCCACAUAAAAAGCAUCACCAUCUCAGUAUACCCACUAUAUAUUACAUAUACAGUAGGAUACGUAUUAACAUUUGUGGUUAAUCACAGUAUACCCACUACUACAAUACAGCUAACUAGACAACACCACUACUCUCAACAACUUAACUAGUGGCUCGGUAAUGUCACACCUCUUCACUCUCCUAAUUCUUUCUUGCCCCGUACGUUUCUCUUCUAGUUUCUCUCUGUCUCAGGCCACGGUCACCCAAGAAGAAAGACACAAGUCUGUCAUAUCAUUCCGCGAGUAGUUUGUUCUCUUAUCGCUUGUGGAACUUCAUUGAAAGUGACAGUCAGCAAGUAUCAGAACUGCCCCUGAAAACCCCGGAGAAGCGUCCUGGGCUGGGAGUUUUAAAGAAAAAAACUGAUGGUGGUCGCAGGGGAAGGAGCUAACGCACAAGUGAUGUGCAGUACCUGCCUAGUGGUGCUAAGUUUCCCCAACACUGCGGAGGGUUUAGCCAGACAUUCUCACGUGAGCAAGAGUCUCAACCAUGCAUCUCUGCUGUUGAGUCCAACAACACUUUUGAAAAAUAAAAAUACAUUUUAAAACA